AUGCCCCGACGCCGCCGUCCCCCGCGCUCCGGCGCAAUCACCGAGCUCCCACCACUGCGCAUACUCGCCCAAAUCGCCGCCCUCCAAUCCAUAUACUAUGCUGUAGCGCUCAUCCUCAUGCUUUUCACAACACUGGUCGCCGGCUCCAAGUUCAGCCUCGACCUCGUGUUCGGCUGGAUAAGCCUGCGCGGUGAUACAACACAGGGGUGGCUGAUGGCAUUCGUGUGGAUGUGCUGUGCCGGUGCUGUGGUUAUCGCGAUAGUAGCGUUAAUACAACGAUCGAAGCUCGUCCCCGAUUUCGCCCUCUCGCUGCACUUUAUCCACCUCAUCAUCGUGUCGCUGUACACGGGCUUCGUGCCGCGGCAUGCCAUGUGGUGGGCUACCAUGGCCUGCUCUAGCGCUGCGACUGUGGCGCUCGGGAUGUGGGGAUGCAGGUGGAGGGAGCUGCAGCCCAUCAGUUUCGGCGGCAGUGGUGGGAAUCGGGAUCAAGGCGCGGCUACAGAGAACGGGCACGCAGCGGGAGGAGAUGAUGUCGGCGCGGAAGACGACGAGGAGAUGGGAUUCUCCAGGGGCAGAGGCCGCGGCAGGGGGAGAGAUGGUGCGGGAGAGUACGAGAUGACUGUGGGAAUGAGGGGGUCUGAUGCGAGGUAG